AUGUUUGCUUCUGGCCCUAGGCCAACUGCUUUGACACAACGGACUACUCUUAAGGCUGGAACGAACACGGUCUUCCACAGUAGUACGCAUGUCAUCGUCGACCAAUGCCCCCUCGAUAUCGACACUGGGGUGAAGCUCCUACAACCUUAUGUCAUGUUCGAUUCCAACGAGGACCUGGCAAGCUAUAGUGAAGGCACAUUUGGAACUCCUACUCGAGCUCGAACACGAACUUACCCUUCCGAUCAUGAUCUCGAUCUGUACUUGACCCAUGAUGAUCUGGAAAUACUACGUCACCCUUCCGCCGCCAUCCUCAAGCUCCAAGAUCCAAACCUCAAGUGUAGUAGAAACCUCGGAUGGAGCAUGGAUUGGGCAGUAGCAUUUGUCGUCAAUCAUCCCACAGCUCCAGACGCUGCAGAUGCCUUUCGAUCGAUACGAACACGUGCGGCGGACCUUGAGAGUGCCGGUUUGCUCUGUGAAAUACCAUAUCGCAUCUUCCAUAAACUCCACGGUAUUCUCUUCGCCGGGCACCCGCACAAUCCUGUCUUCCACAACACGCACGAUCUGUGCUUGGACGUCUCGGGAGCCACGUAUAAUCACGGCUGGGGAACCAGAUCAGCAUAUCAAGCGCAUCUCGUUCACCAUACGCUACCUUUGUGCGCUUCUUGGCCUGUGUUUCUUCGAGAUACUGUCCAGGUCCGACCUCUUUCGCCGCACUGUCUCUGGAGUAUGGGUUAUGGGUGUGAAGGAGGGAAUUUCCCAUUAUCAACCCCCAGUUCCCUUCUCCCGAUGCCCCUAUAUUGGCGGGUGUCGAGUCCCCAUGGUUGCCAGACUUGA